AUGAGCAGCGAGACGAGCAAGCGAGAUCAUGCACUGGAGCUCCUGGCCGCCGACAGGAAGCUGAUGACCGUGGCCCGUUCGGCGCGACGGCGUCGGCUGGAGCUCCGGCGGCUAGGCCGUACGGCUUCUGCGGCCGCGGAGGACGAGGGUGCGAAGCGGGUGCGGCCGGCGCUGGACAACUCCUCGGACUCGUCUGACUCCGCGAAGGUGGCGCCGAAGCCCCCCUUGGUGGCGUCUAGGUGUUCGGCGUGCGUGUCGCACGGGGCUGUGUCCGUGAUCGGGCGCCGGCGAGAGAUGGAGGACGCGGUGGCCGUCGCGGCGCCGUUCCUGGCCGAGACGGCGGCGGUGGAGGGGAGCGGCGACGUGGAGUACGGGGCAGGGGAAGAGGGCUUCUUCGCGGUGUACGACGGGCACGGCGGGUCGCGCGUGGCGGAGGCGUGCCGGCUGCGGAUGCACCUGGUGCUCGCGGAGGAGGUGCGGCUUCGUCGUCUGCAGCCCUGGGGCGGAGGGCAGGGUCGGACCGAGGACGGCGAGGACGGCGCGCGGUGGAAGGAGGCCAUGACGGCCUGCUUUGCCCGGGUGGACGGCGAGGUCGGCGUCGACGACGGGACCGACGCCGGCGAGCAGACGGUGGGCUCCACGGCCCUCGUGGCCGUCGUGGGCCUGCGCCGCAUCGUCGUCGCGAACUGCGGCGACUCCCGCGCCGUGCUCUCCCGCGGCGGCAUCCCCGUGCCGCUCUCCUCCGACCACAAGCCAGACCGACCUGACGAAAUGGAAAGAGUAGAAGCAGCUGGUGGCAAGGUCAUUAACUGGAAUGGAUACCGUAUCCUGGGAGUGCUCGCAACUUCUAGGUCAAUCGGAGACUAUUACCUGAAACCAUAUGUGAUAGCGGAACCAGAAGUUACCGUCAUGGACCGGACGGACAAAGACGAGUUCCUCAUACUAGCAAGCGACGGCCUGUGGGAUGUGGUGUCCAAUGACGUUGCCUGCAAGAUCGCGAGAAAUUGCCUAAGUGGGCGCGCGGCCUCCAAGUACCCGGAGUCCGUCCCCGGGAGCACCGCGGCCGACGCCGCAGCGCUGCUGGUGGAGCUCGCCAUCGCACGCGGCAGUAAGGACAACAUCAGCGUCGUCGUGGUCGAGUUGCGGCGACUGAAGAGUAGGGCAGCGGCGGUGAUCAAAGAGAACCGCACCAGGUAG